AUGAUCCAAAAUCAAGUUCGCAGGGCUUUGGAGUUACAUGGUGACGCUCCAGAACCGCAGGCCACCGAACUUAUUCGUACGGAUGAAAACGAGAAAAUCACGCUGAACCUAAAUUUGGAUAAGAAGCCAACUGCAGAG